UGUCUGGCGGUGUAUUUCAAAGAAUGAGCGGGAAGGACUUUUCUCUCAUCUGGAGGAAUUAUACCUGGAAAAUAUUCGCAUGUCAGAGGAACAGUUCAGACGACUAUCGCAGUCUUUCAUUAAAGCGGGAGGUACGUACUUGUGUUUGGGGGGCUGUUCCAUAGAACCGGAAGAUGAUGUACCGCAGCCUCAGAAUGAAUGCGAGCAGCAGGUAGUAUCAUCUGAGUGUACAACAUGCAUAUCUCUUUGCAAUGUUACCAUCACAGUAGAGGGGUUUAUUCGGCUUAUUGACUACAUGACCAGAUGCGGUCAAUCCGUGGACUGUGACUUGACAAGGCUAACCCUGGAAUCAAACCCUGCUGCUGAACAACCAGUCUUACCGAUGUUGGGUCCACAGCCUAUCUCAGCUGAUUAUACCACAAAGUUGGAACUAUAUGGUAUUGAGAUGUCAACAGAACUAAUUUGUCAAAUCGUCGGUAGGAUGAAUCAACUCAACCAUUCAGUAACAUUAGGAUUGAAUGUUUGUACCGAAAUAUCAGACGAGUACAAUCCGCUGAGGAAUCAGAUGGUGCCUCCUCCAAACACGUCACUAAACUAUACCAAACGUAUUGAGAUCGAAGACACGGACAUAUCGGAAACAUUGUGUUUGUAUGUUGCUUCCAGUGCAAUUUAUUAUGGAUACACGUGUGAGAUAUCAGAAUGUGGUAUACUGCCCAGUGAAGUGCCGCAUGCAGACAAUCUUCACUUUCCCCAGAUGGCUGCCAUCCACUCACCUGCUCAAACAGCAAAACUCAGAUUUCAUAAGGCAUCAAUACUACAACACGUAGUUGAGCGUCUCGCCUGCCAAGCGAAAAUUUCUCGACAUUUGGUUGAGUGUGUGUUAGACAAGUGUGAUGUAGGGCCUCCUCCGGAAGUCUGGUCAUUGAAGGAAAGGAUGGAGGAAGACCCUGCCAUUCAGAUCGAGGAAUUCAAGUUCGAACCAAACAACGAUGAGUUUCAAUCUUGGCGACAAGAACGUUAUAAGCCUGGCCAAAUAUGGAACAUUCGUUUUAAAACAACCGCAAACAAGUCUGCACUCGCAGAGUCCACUGCAGAGAAGCCCGAAGUUACGGAAUGAACACGCAUGUAGAACGGACGUCGGAAUGUUUGACAACGUGAGAUCACCACGGAGAGUUCAUUCAUGCUAAGUGUUAUUAGAACGUUUUACGAAAUUCGUGCCUGCAAUCUGGUAUUAGAGCUCAAUAAUACAAAGUGUACAAAAAAAAUGCAUAAUUGGUGCCUGCAAAAGGGAUACUUAGAGUACAUUCAUACAAAGUGUAUCGAGAAUUGCAGGAAUCGGGAGACCGGGAGAGCAUUCAUACAAAGUAUAACGCGAGAGACAUUUUGUGCCUGAAAUGGGGAGACGGAAGUGAUUUGGAGUUAUUUUUGUAGAUUUUUAAAUGAGUUUUUUUAGGGUGUGUUCCUGUAAAUAUUUUCUUUGACAGUAUUUUCACAAUGUAUAGACAUGUUCCUUUGUUUGUAUCAUUUGCACCAAGUUUUAAAAGAACGUAUUAAAGGUUGACAAUGA